AUGGAUGCAAUCAGUCAUCUUCUCGCAUAUGGUUUGAAAAAACUUGUCUUCCUGGCAACUUUCCUUCUAGAAAUUUUGAAAGAAUAUAUUGUAUAUCUUCUUGUCUUCCAGCAACUGUAUGCAGCUCAGCUGGCAAGCAUGCAAGUUUCUCCUGGAGCCAAAAUGCCAUCUACUCCACAGCCACCAAAUACAGCAGGGGCACUCUCACCUACUGGGAUGAAAAAUGAGAAGAGAGGGACCAGCCCGGUAACUCAAGUUAAGGAUGAAGCAGCCCAGCCACUGAAUCUUUCAGCCCGACCCAAGACAGCUGAACCAGUCAAAUCCCCAACAUCUCCAACACAGAACCUCUUCCCAGCUAGCAAAAGCAGUCCAGUGACAGUGACAAACAAGAGUGGUAUCCCCAGCCCCCUUGGUGGAUCUCUGGGAAGAGGAUCCUCCUUAGAUAUUCUUUCCAGUCUUAAUUCACCUGCCCUGUUUGGGGACCAGGACACAGUAAUGAAAGCCAUUCAGGAGGCUCGGAAAAUGAGAGAGCAGAUCCAAAGGGAGCAGCAGCAGCAACAGCAGCCACAUGGUGUUGAUGGAAAAUUGCCCUCCAUGAAUAACAUGGGUCUAAACAACUGCAGGAAUGAAAAGGUAAUGUUUCCUACUGCCACACAGUGUCUCAUUCAUUCUUUUCCCUGUAAAUAUCUUCUUAUUUUUGUAUAAAAUCUUUUUUUACAA